AUGCUCCCUGUUGAGAUACUGUUAUUACUUUCAUUGACAUCAGUCGCUGCUCAUGUGAUACCCACACCUGUCCGAUCUCGAGAUCUUCCGGCCCCAGUUCCACUGGCAGACGACCCUCUGAAAAGUGUCGCAAACAGCAUUCUCAGCGCGGCUGCCUCGACGGAUGGGCUGUUAACCGUGGGACCUCAAGCGACGACACCAGCAUCUGGCGACCCUGACCCCGUCGAGACGACAAUAACUUCUUCAAGGCAGACGACAAGCACUCAGAGCGGGCGGACGAGUCAAACAGGCACGGCGACGGGGACAGCGAGCACGCAGUCUUCUUCGAGAAGCGACAGCGAUCCAGAUAGUUCCUCGACGCCGGGCGUAUUCGCGUCUAUCGGCGGCACGCAGACGGCGCAGAGUACUCUCUCAGAUGCGGGCUCGGGUUCAGCAACCGCAAACUCAGCCGGUCCCACCACGACGGGCGCCAGCGGCAGCAGUUCCUCAAGUACCGGAUCAUCGUCUACCGCUCCUUCAGGCUCAGACCCGUCGGACCCGAAUCCUUCAGAUCCUUCCUCGUCGUCACCGUCGUCGUCGUCGUCGCCUUCUACCAACCGCAAAUCCGCAAACCUCUCAACGGGCGAAACCGUUGCCGCAGUCAUCCUCCCCAUCUUGGGAUUGCUGGUGGCUCUCUUUCUGCUUUUGCGCUUCUGUCCGCCCUUGAAGAGAAGGUACCGUGAGUGGCGCCAGGAUCGCCUGGAACGCUCCGCGUACCGGCGCGCACUCGACGACCCCGUCAUGUCAUUCUACCCGCGCAGCCGGAUCCCGCGACCGCUCAGUUUCGGUUUCUCGAUGCCUCCUACGGCCCAGCAGAUCGAGAGAAGCCCUUUGAACGGGGAAGCCGGUGGCAGCCAACACUCGGAGAGUGGACCGAAUGGGACUGCUCAUAUAAUCGGCGUCGCUGUGCCCAUGCCUGUGUCGGGCAGGUUCGGGCAUGGACACAGCAGGAGCAUCAGUCACUCGAGGACGAUGAGCAGUAUAUCGGAGGAGAGCGAGGGCGUAUACGAAGACGCCAGGAGCGAGCGUGGUUCGUCUCGUGAGAGGAACCAUGGUGGCAAUGUCAAUGGGGAUGCGAAUGGCGGAGGAGAUUGA